AUGCCUACUCAAGUAUUUAUUAUUCCACCCAAGUCACCAAAAUUGCAUCGACCAUUAGGAAUAUCAUUGAGUACCAAAUCGACUCGACAGACGAGCAAUUCAUCAUCAGAAACGACUACUCCAAUCGAUGAGCAAACCAAAUUUCCAAGUGAUAAUCGACUAUCGAUGCGUAUCAAUCCGCCUCAGCUAGUUGCCGACAAUUUCUUGGAUUUCGACGAUGAAGACCAACGUUUCGGACGUCGUUCGACAGUCAUUCAACGUCGACGUCCGAGAUAUCAAGAACCACUUCCUCGAAUCGAAGAACAUGAAGCACAACAGCCAUCUGUGACAGCCAUUGUAUCCGCCCCAAUCGUUGACUUGCCAACCGGUUUAGCCGGGCUGUCUACACCUGGCCAUGCAACACUUUCUAAACGCGAUGAUAGCACAGACUUAAUUGAAAGUCAUGGACAAACAUUAUUGCAUCUAGCUGCUAAACUUGGCCAUGAAGAAAUCAUGCGAGUGCUAAUCAACGAAACAUCUCAUGCCAACUCGUUAUUGAACGAAUGCGGACAGACUCCUUUACUUUGUGCAAUUGAAGCAGGCGCAACGUCAACCGCAACGCUAUUAAUGGAACAAGAUCCAUUGUCAUUAACAUGCAAAGAUAGCAUUGGUUCGAGUGUAUUCCAUUAUGCAACUGAACAAUGUAAUGAUGUUGUUCUCAGUCGAGCAAUUUCAUUACUUAAAAGACUUAGUUCAAGUGCUUCCCGAUUAACAGCAUUGCAGCGUCUUGUAGAGAAAAAUGCGAAUAAAAAAACUCCAUUCGUAAUUGCCAUAGAAAAAGGUUCAUUGAAAUGUGUCAAAUAUAUCCUAAGCAGUAAAUGGUUACAUCGUAAUGUUGACAUCGGUGAUUUUAUCAAUGCUGAUUCAUUGAAAACAACGAUUGACAAGGAUCAAUUAGACAUCGCUUCAUAUUUUGUUUCCAAUUUGCAGCGUUUUGCUGCAAUAAUUCAAAUAAAAAUCAAUGCCAAUGAUCGCAUUUAUAAUGUAUUAGAAUAUUCAAUUGCUUUGAAGAAACCUGAUUUCGUACGCAUAUUUAUCAGUGUACGAAUACCCGGUGACGAACGUGAACUUUACAGUUCAUACAAAUAUUUCCUAAAACAUUUUAAUGCUCCGUACUCCGGUUCAACGUACAAUCAAACUCCGAUACAACGAAUGUUAACGAUGACAGAAAUGAUUCCAUUGGUGCCGUUAUUACUUGAACAAUUCGUAGGCGAAGAUGGAGUUGAUCUGUCCGUUGUUGACGACUGUCUAAGAACUUGUCCAUCAUUCAGUCAUUGUAUGUUCGGUCAUUCUAAACGAUUUGCGUCGUCGGACUGGCUCAAACAACACCCGUUAUCAUUAAUUGUUGAAGCAAAUCACGCUCCAGUUUACGAUCAUGAUGUAGUGAAAAUAUGCGUCGAUUUAAAAUUUCAAUUAUUCGGAAAUUUCCUCUAUCUAUUGAUCUUAUGCGCUCAGAUAUUAUUUGUUUUUCUCUACACAGGGGUAGCAUUAACAUCACCGACACCAUCGCGUUCGUAUUAUGACACAUCAAAUUUCACUUGUAUUGAAUUAUGUCAAAAUCUAACCUCAGAUGUCCAUGAUUCCUUGCCUGGAAACUCAGUACUUCGUUGUCUACGGUAUAUGUUGUUAUUUUGUUCAUGUGUUGCUUUGUUAAAAGAGUUCUUUCAAUUGCUGAAUCAACGUGAAAAAUACUUCCGCGACAUUUUCAUCAAUUUUCUCGAAGUCUUUGCCUAUGUAUGCGGCAUUCUAUUUUCGAUCGAUCUGAACUAUUGUACACAAGAUACUGGCCUUCGAUGUAAAUGGCAAUGGGAGAGUGGUGCACUAGGCAUAACGAGCGUCUGGACGCUGUUGCUAUUUGUGGUAAUGAAUUCAUUGAAGAUUGGCAAAUACGGUCUUUUAUUUGUGAAUGUCUUCUUGACUUUUCUGAAAUUCUGUCUGAUUUAUGUGUUUAUUUGGAUUGGGUAUAUUAUUGCAUUUCACAUGUUAUUUAUUCAUAAGAAACCACAAUUUACAUAUUUAUCGUAUGCAGCACCAAGAACAUUAGCCAUGUUGACAGGAGAAUAUGACUUCGAUGAUUUAUUUUUUCCGAAUGGAAAGAUUCUACCUGGAAGUCAUGCUGCCAUGGUACUAUUUUCGAUAUUUAUAUUCACUAUGAACAUUGUCAUUAUGAAUAUUAUGGUCGGUUUAGCUGUUUCGGAUGUAAAAAGUUUUCGUUUGAAUGCCAAACGCGAACAUCUACGUGCUAGAAUUGAGACAUGUCUUGGUCUCCAAUCAAAAUUCGGUGUAUUAUGUGAAGCAUGCUCACGAUUAGUACUAACGCUAUCAAAAUAUUCGUGCAUACCGCGUUUUCGCAUGCAUAAUCUGAAAAAAUAUCAUCUCUGGAAAUUAGAGCUACGCGAAUAUCUCGUAGAAAUACCACGCCCAAUCGAUAUGAGCAAUCGAACGGCAUCGAAUCGUAGUAGUAAAGCUCAAACGACAAAAGAACGUGUCUUAUGCCAAGUGGGAUACUAUCGACAUCAUAUCGAUCGUGCUGGUGAACCAUUGUUACAAGAGAAUGAGCACGUUCGUUUAAUGCACAAAGCAGAUGAAUUACGAGAUGUUUUCGAACGUUCGAAUGCACGUAUUCAUCAUGAAUUGAGGAAAUUAACGACAUCACUUCAAACAGAUUUUGAUGAAAUCAAACGGAAACUGUUCGAAAGUUAA